UGGCAGUACGUCAUUACGCCUCAUCGCCUCAGCCCGGCUGCUAAUGCUAAAUGAUAGCUGCUUGUCUGGUUUCUGUUUUGCGGGUUUCUGUUGUGGUUCUCCAAGAGGGCGCCGGGUAGAAAACACAAACUAACUUAGCAGACCGUUAAACACCCUUCCGGAGCCCAAAGAGAGCCUGAGUCGGGCCGCCGCCAUGGCUCUGCAGGGCCCGGAGGAGGUAGGGGAACAGGUUGAAGAGCCGGAGGACCUGGACGAUCAGGACGCUAGCAGCAUCUCCCCGGCCGAGGAGAUAACCCUUCCACCCGGGCCCGGCGGCGACGAGGAGCCGGGCGAGGCUUUCCUCCUCCCGUGGGACCGCUUCUCCGCCUGGCUGCACUGCAUCUGUGUGGUGGGCUUCGACCUGGAGCUGGGGCAGGCGGUGGAGGUAAUUUAUCCUCAUCACUCCAAACUGUCUGAGAAAGAGAAAACAAGCAUCUGCUACCUUUCCUUCCCUGACUCCAACUCAGGCUGCCUUGGCGACACACAGUUCUGCUUCCGCUUUCGUCAGGGAUCCAACAGGAAGUCGUCACUGGGUUGUUUCCUGGAAAACACGGACCGAGACGCCCCGCCCUGCCUGAAGCGGGAGCAAGGCCACUACUAUGGUUACGUGUAUUUUCGCCAGGUUCGAGACAAAUCCCUGAAGAGAGGAUACUUCCAGAAGUCGCUGGUCCUGAUCAGCAAGCUGCCGUACGUGACCUUCUUCCACUCGCUGUUGAAGAUCAUGGCUCCAGAAUACUUUGAGAAACAGGAGCCGUGCCUGGAGGCCGCGUGCAACGACGUCGACCGCUGGCCGAUGCCUCAUCCUGGACGAGUCCUCACUCUGCCGAUUAUGGGCGUCGUCAUCAAGGUUCGCAUCCCAACCUGUUACGAUAAAGCGGGGACGUCCCAGCUGGUCCACAGGUUGCAUCAAAGCGACAGUCUAGUUUCCAUCGUGCUCCCGACGAUCCACGAAGUUGACCUGUUCAGGUGCUUCCACCCGGUCUUCUUCCACAUCCAGAUGCUUUGGGAGUUGGUGUUGCUGGGGGAGGCCCUGGUGGUCAUGGCGCCGUCGCCCGCAGAGUCGUCGGAAACCGUGCUGGCGCUGGUCAGCUGCAUCUCUCCACUGCGUUAUUGCAGCGACUUCAGGCCGUACUUCACCAUCCAUGACAGCGAGUUUAAGGAGUACACGACCAGGACGCAGGCUCCGCCGUCGGUCAUUCUGGGAGUGACCAACCCGUUCUUCGCAAAGACUCUGCAGCACUGGCCGCACAUCAUCCGCAUCGGAGACAUGAAGCAAGCGGGAGAAGUGGCCAAGCAGAUGAAAGUCAAGAAACUGAAAAACCUCAAAACUCUGGACUCUAAACCUGGUGUGUACACUGCAUACAAGCCAUAUCUCAACAAGGAUGAGGAGAUCAUCAAGCAGCUGCAGAAGGGGGUCCAGCAGAAGAGACCGUCGGCGGCCCAGAAUGCAAUUCUUCGACGCUACUUUUUGGAGCUGACGCAGAGCUUCAUCAUCCCUCUGGAGCGGUACGUUGCCAGCCUCAUGCCCCUCCAGAAGUCCAUCAGUCCCUGGAAGAGUCCGCCGCAGCUGCGACCGUUCGUCCAGCAGGACUUCAUGAAGACCCUGGAGAAGGCCGGGCCUCAGCUCACCUCCAGACUCAAAGGAGACUGGAUCGGACUCUACAGGCAUUUUCUAAAGUCUCCGAACUUUGACGGCUGGUUCCGCAGCAGGAAAAGAGAAAUGACUCAGAAGCUGGAGGCUCUGCAUCUGGAGGCUCUGUGUGAGGAGGACCUCCAGCAGAGGAUCCAGAAGCACACAGAGGUGGAGGUGGUGGACCUGGUUCUGAAGCUCAAGGACAAACUGAGCCAGGCAGAGAGGGAGCAGCUGCCGGUUCGGCCCGGCACCCUGUCCAAACUCAGAGCCCACAUCGAGGCCGUCAUCCUCACGCUGCCAGAGGACCUGCAGGGCAUCCUCCACAAGCCGCCGACCUCCUGAUCCUCCGCUUCCUGCCGUGUUCGGGAGGUCAGGGGUCAAGCCGUGGGGGGGGACUGAGCCCCAGAUGGAGGCCUGCUCCGGUCAGACGGGGGAUCCUGUGGUCUGAAAGCGAAACGCUGGAUCGGCCCGGAGCCGCCAGGUGAAGUCUGAGAGGAAGGAGACGAUUGGUCAAGACUCUGAUCAGGUUCUCACACGGUUCACUGCUGGUCCUGAACUCUCUGAGGGGGGGGGGGGGCAGACGACCCCCUGCUGACUUUAACCCUCAACAUUUUUACUUCUGAACAUCUUUGAUUCUUAUUUUUGAACUUGGCGUGGGGCUGCUGCAGUUCGACAGUAUUCAGUUUUCAGGGUGUGAAUGUGGUGAAUGACCGACUGUAGUGCACUGCAAAAACGGAACUAAAAAUAAGUGACAUUUUCUUAAAAUGAGUCUUAAAAUGUUUUAAG